AUGUCGAAGCUCUUUGUUCACGGCCUUUCGUGGCAUACCAAUGAUGAUACUCUUCGUGAGGGAUUCCAGCAGUUCGGCGAGAUCCAGGAAGCUAUCGUCGUCAAGGAUCGCGCAACUCUGCGCAGUCGUGGCUUCGGCUUCGUGCGUUUUGCGACUGAUGCUGAGGCCGAUGCCGCCAUGAGCGCCAUGAACAACCAGGAGUUCGAUGGUCGCGUCAUUCGUGUCGAUAAGGCCUUUGACCGCCCCAACCGUCCCGAUGGUGGUUUCCAGGGUCGCGGUGGAUACAACCAGCAGCCCGGUAAUGGAUACCAGGGCGGUGGUGGUGGCGGCUUCGGUGGUAACGGCGGUGGCUACAGCCGUGGAGGUUAUGGCGGCGGUUAUCAGCAGCAGCAGCAGCAGCCCUACGGUGGAAAUGGUGGUAACGGUGGUUACGGCGGUGGCUACGGCGGCGGUUAUGGCGGCGGUGCCAAUGCUGGCUACGGCGGUGGCGGUGGUUAG